AAACCGGAAGAUGCCAGGCAGUAGUCAAAGUCAAUGAGGAAGAAGCUGGAGGCAGUCCUUUCUCGGUUGAAGUUUCACCCAGACAAUUCAGACCCGUGUUAUCUUUUGGACAAAAAUACUCGUUUCUCGCUCUUCUCACGGAUUUCGGUUCGUCUUCUGGAAUAUUAACCAGUCCCUGGGGAGUGGCAGUGAAUGAACGUGAUGAAAUUGCAGUGACUGAAAAAGAUAACCACAGGGUUCAGGUAUUCAGUAGCGAUGGAACUUACUUAAGAUCUUUUGGUUGUAAAGGUGAUAAACCGGGAAAGUUCAACUAUCCUAAUGGGAUAGCUUUUGGUAAAAACAAUAACAUUAUAGUGGUGGACGAUGGUAACCACCGUGUUCAGUUGUUCAGUGAGCAGGGUGAGUACCUGAGCCAGUUUGGUGGGAAAGGAAAUCUUGAUCACCAGCUGUGUUAUCCUGGUGGCUUAUCUGUAGAGGACGAUGGAAAUAUAAUUAUUGCUGAUUCAAAGAACAAAUUGAUCAAGAUGUUUUCUCCUAAAGGCCAUUAUUUAAAUAAAUUCGGGGGUGAGGGUUCGUUAACCGAUCCCGUUCACUGUAUACAGUAUGAAAAAUAUCUCAUAGUGUCAGACUGCUGGGAACAUUGUAUCAAAGUGUUUGAUAGGAAUGGUAAUUUUUUGUACAGAUUUGGAAAGAAUGGGGAGGGGGAUGGGGAGUUCAAUUACCCUCAGUAUUUAUCAGUUAACAAGGCAGGACAGCUGAUGGUCUGUGACUCAAUGAAUGACAGAGUUCAGGUAUUUGAUCUUAGUGGAAAGUUUAUAACAAAAUUUGGAUCAAAAGGAGACAAAAAAGGAAAAUUUGAGUUUCCUGUCUCUGUUGCAGUGCUCAGCAAUGGUCGAAUACUUGUGUCUGAAUUUAGGAACCAUCGCAUUCAGAUAUUCGAAUAG